UUAAAAUUUGCCUCUUCAAAAUCUUGUUGCGUCUUACACUCCGGUGCAUCUUAUACUCUGAAAAAUAUGGUACCUAUAUGUCCUAGCAGGUUCUAGAGAAGGCAGGCAUGACACACUAAUUUUUACAAUAGAUAGAUUAUAUUUUACAAGGAAUAUUGAUGAUGAUAUUUUAAUGUGAUUCUGAAUCACUGAAAUGUAGUCCUUCCUCAGUUAAAAUUUUCAAAUGUUAAACGUGGAACUAGACAGCUUUCCAUUUUAUGACUUUAGAUUAAUAUUUGAUUCUAAAUCAAAUGAUCUCUCUUUUGAAAUUUGUGAUCAGUUUCAUUUUUUGAAGAAUAACCUUAAAUCAGUGUUUAAAAAUAUUUUUUCAGUGAAAUUAAAGGAAAUGCUGAUUGCUUUUAUAUACUAUGUACUGCUUAUUUAAUAUCCCAAUUGUAGUUGUCCAUGUUCCUAAUGAAUUGAUCUUGAGAAAGUAUUGAACUCCCUCUGCUCCUGUUCGUCAUAAAACAAACAGAUAAUUGUAGAAAGUAGUAUACCAGACACUAUUUUAGACAAAAUCAUAGUUGAUUGGCUUAGAAAAAAGAUCUCUGACAUAAUUUUUUUCCCCCUUCUAGUUGCAAGUCAUUGUUAAGAGAUGGUUCAAGAAAAUCUACCUCACAAAUUCCGUUUGUUUGCCCAUGUGCUGCAUCAUUGGAGAUCUCAACAGGAACUUGUCAGUUAUUUUUGAAAGUCUCAGGAUAACAUAUGGACAUCAGGUCAAUGUAUUACACUCUAGGAAUGGGCCAAAAUAUGAAGCAUUCUCAAUUCAGCAGGCCAAUCUAUUACCCAUAAGGGUGUUAAGAAAGCUUAACAACACUUCAAACAGUACUCUCUAGAGUUCUUAAUUAUUCAGGAAAGGUAGCUUGAUCUCUUCUGAAAUCAUCUGACUUUCUCUAAUCUUGUCUUGGAGAUAUUAAAUGGAAUGCAGUCAUGUCUACCCAUGAAGGAAUACAGAUCAACACUGACUAUGCUGUCGCUUUGUUAGAACAGUUAAAAUCAUUCUAUGAACAGCAAUUGCUAACUGACAUUGUUUUAAUUGUCGAGGGCACUGAAUUCCCAUGUCAUAAGAUGGUUCUUGCUACGUGCAGCUCUUACUUCAGGGCAAUGUUUAUGAGCGGGUUGAGUGAAAGCAAGCAGACACAUAUUCAUCUGAGGAAUGUGGAUGCAGUCACUUUUCAGAUUAUAAUAACGUAUGCUUAUACGGGUAAUUUGGCAAUAAAUGACACAACAGUUGAACAGCUUUAUGAAACAGCAUGUUUCCUACAGGUCGAUGACGUGUUACAUCAGUGUAGGGAAUAUUUAAUUAAAAAAAUUAAUGCUGAAAACUGUGUGCGGCUUUUGAGUUUUGCUGAUCUUUUUAGCUGUGAGGAGUUAAAACAGAGUGCUAAAAGAAUGGUGGAACACAAGUUUACAGUUGUAUACCACCAAGAGGCUUUCAUGCAGCUCACACAUGAUUUGUUGAUAGAUAUUUUGAGCAGUGACAAUUUAAAUGUGGAAAAAGAAGAGACAGUUCGUGAAGCUGCUAUGUUGUGGCUGGAAUAUAAUACAGAAUCCCGAUCACAGUAUUUGUCAUCAGUUCUUAGCCAAAUAAGAAUUGAUGCACUUUCUGAAGUUACACAACGAGCUUGGUUUCAAGGCUUACCACCAAAUGAUAAAUCAGUAGUGGUUCAAGGGUUGUAUAAAUCUAUGCCGAAGUUUUUUAAACCAAGACUUGGAAUGACUAAAGAGGAGAUGAUGAUCUUCAUUGAAGCUGCUGCUGAAAGUCCUGGUAAUCUUUACUCUUCAGUAUGUUACAGCCCACAGGCUGAGAAAGUUUACAAACUCUCUAAUCCUCCUGCUGAUCUCCAUAAAGUUGGGACACUUGUAACUCCUGAUAAUGAUAUUUAUAUAGCAGGUGGGCAAAUCCCACUGAAAAGUACAAAAAUCAACUACGGUAAAACUAGCAAAUUUCAAUUUGCCUUCCGUACUGUGAAUUGUUUCUACUGGUUUGAUGCCCAGCAAAAUACAUGGUUUCCAAAGAGUCCAAUGCUAUUUGUUCGUAUAAAGCCAUCUCUUGUUUUCUGUGAAGGCCUUAUCUAUGCAAUUGGUGGAGACAGUGUUGGUGGAGAACUUGACAGAAGAACUGUAGAAAGAUAUGAUACUGAGAAAGAUGAAUGGACCAUGGUAAGCCCUCUGCCCUGUGCUUGGCAGUGGAGUACAGCCGUUGCUGUUCAUAAUUGCAUUUAUGUAAUGGCACACAACUUGAUGUAUUGUUACUUCCCCAGAUCAGAUGCUUGGGUUGAAAUGGCUACAAGACAAACUAAUAGAUGCUUUGCUUCAGCUGCUGCUUUUGGGGAUAAAAUAUUUUAUAUUGGAGGCUUGCAUGUUGGCGGCAAUCUUGGUAUAGGAUUACGUCCUCGGAGUGUAACUGGACCUUCCCUAGCAGUGGAAGUUUAUGAUGUGAAUAAAAAUGAAUGGCAAAUGACAGCCAAAAUCCCUGCCAAGCGGUAUUCUGAUCCCUGUGUCAGAGCUGUUGUGAUUUCUAACACAUUGUGUAUCUUUGUACGAGAAACGCAUAUGCAUGAAAGAGCCAAAUAUGCUACAUACCAAUAUGACAUGGAACUUGAUCGUUGGUUCUUGCAACAGGAUAUAUCUGAGCGGGUACUCUGGGAUUUGGGAAAAGAUUUCCGAUGCACUGUGGGAAAACUAUAUCCAUCUUGUCUUGAAGAGUCCACAUGGAAACCUCCAUCAUACCUAGUUUUUCCUUAUACAGAUGAUGAAUUUGAAAUUGAGGAGGAUGUUCCAUUACCACCUGUAUAGCUCCCUUAUUCAGAUACUGCAUGCCUAUAACUAAUGAACAUUGUAUUUGAGAGACUAGAGCUGCAAAAUGAAAUGUUAAGUUGUCUUGUAUGUAUGACCUAAUUUUUUUGUGGCCAUUGAGUUUAAAUCAGUAAAACAUAUUACUAGAUAUGCUUUCAUAAUCUCAGUCCCUCUGAUAGUUGAUGGAAAACCUCUCUCCUUCUCUCUCCCUCUCACACACACACGUGUGUGUGUUUGUGUGUGUAUGAUCAUAUAUGUAUCAUGAUUAGAUGUAUUAUCUAUAUAUUUCAAACUUAAAUCCUCUGCUUAUUGUCUGAAUUUUUAGUCCUGUGAGUUCUGGAACUUUUCACAAAGCAGCUUCUACUUCUAGAAAGUUAUAUUAAUUGCUCAAAAUACCUUUGUUAUAUUUAAAUCUGGAAAUAUCUGUUCGUGCUAGUUAUAUAAAUUGUGUAGCUGAAUGAAAUGUGUUGCACUCAAUACACACAGCUGUAUUGAUGUAAUAAUACCAUGUAAAAGAAUAAAAUCCCAUGGAUCUACCUGUGGUAGGAAGGGUAGAUCUUCCAUUUUAUGGUGAUAUGCAGGGCAAAAUGACUGCAGGUUCAGUCGAGCUAGAUGAUGCUGAUGACUAGGUGCAUGUAUUUUCACUAACAUACCUGUUUAUUUAGAAUACAGGUCUUCCGAGCAGCUGGUAGUUUACCAGGUGUGAACUGACAUUGCUGGGCUUGCAGUAAGAAUUGCUAGCCCUUCAUAGUGCGGGUCUCUGGAGCUUUUAAUCAGUAAACAGCUCUAUGUUCUGUAUUUUGGAAACAUUGGCUCAUUAAUAUUAGUUCCUGCUACUUAUUUUCCCCUACCCCAGUAUAUACAAAAGUAUAGUGUGAAUUAACCACAUCUUUAUUUUUGUUAAUUUAUAUUACUGUAGUAUGUCUUUGUAAAAUAAUCUUAUAAUUGUUUGUCUCUUAUUUUUUCCUGUGGGGUUGGGGGAGAUAAAUUUUGUUCAGGAAUAUUUUGUGCAGAGGAGAGGUUGUCUGAUGCUGUUCUGGCAUUAAUCCCAGGAACCACUAGCAGAAGUAAGGCACCACCAAUCUCACAUGAGACCAGAUACUUCAUGAUGGAUCAUACCAGCAUGUUCAGCUGCAUUAUGUUCUGGCACUGUAUUUUGAAUGAUAUUAAUUUAUUAAAAAGAAUCAGUUUGUUCUCCCCCCCCCCCCUCACAUGUCUGUAUUUGUCUGGAGUUAUUGAAGUAUGAUUAAAACAACAGUUUUUAAAAUUGCUGUUUAAAAUAUAAAUACUUACAGUAAUAGAUUCAGGUGUUCAGAAAAAUCUGAAAAAGAUAUGAGCAAGUGACUUCUAUUAUUUCUUUCUGUUUGGAGGUAAACAAAUGUUUGAAAACAGAAGAAAAAUAAAAUGUGAUAAACGCCCUAUAUGUUAAAGACCAUGCAGUCUUUUAACACAUAGGCCUUCUUCAUAGACAGUAUUCACAGUCGUCUUAUUACACAAAGUCACACUAAUGUAAAUAUACUCAAGGAGUAAACUGAAUCUUUGCCUCCAGCCAUUUAUUUUUGUCCUCUCGGAUUUCUUACAUCUGAUUUUUGUUUUUUUCUAACAAAAAACUAUAUUUUCCUUAAUCUUUAGACUAGAUCUUAUAUUACUUUGUGGUAAAAUAAUCUCUGCAAACUGGAAACUGACAUUCAGCCCAACUCAUAGAAAUUAUAUGAUUGUUAUCAGUCAAUUUUGACAAUGGAAUAAGCAGCAUUCAGAACCUAUCUUUCUUAUUGCCCCCUUUUCUGGGUCAAUUGCUCAUUUUUCAAGAGUUUAUUAAAAACUUUCUAGUUUUGAAAUUAUCCAUUUUGGUUAGGAUAGAAUGUUGUAGCAAAACAUUCAGAGUUUUAUGAUUAAAUAUGCCAUUAAUUAAUUAGCAAACUUUUUCAUGACCUUUGAAUAGAUAUCAGUUUGUGAUAAACCAAUCAAAACUAAAGCUUGCUGCUUGAAAAAUAAAAACAAAACAAACCCAACUAAAGAGAUUUAGAUUAAAAAGAGGAAUGGCAGAAGUUACAAUAUAUGGCCACAGAAAUUUGUGUAUAAAGUAGGUAUCUUAUACUUGAGCAUGUUGGUGUUGGAUUAGAAUAGUUCCCUUUAAGAAACAUUUGAUUUGAUGUAUUAAAUGCUGCCGAUCUUUUGUUUUUU